AUGACUCCUGAGUACAAGACAUACAUGAGCAUGUUGAAGUAUUUUGACAUGGCUUGUGAUAUAGCACUGGGCACUAGCGUGAAGUACACUCGUUCACGUAGCAGGCCACAUUUGAAUCGAUAUAGAGGAAGAAUUGAAUACUACUUUACAAGUUCAAAACCGCGUGGUUUAUUUGGAGCUAGUAAUGGCGGAAGAACUGGUGUUAGAGGGGGUGACAGGGGUGGUGGCAGGAUUGGUGGCAGUGGUAGUGGCAAUCGUGGUGGUAGAGGUGGCAGUAGAAGUGGUGGACGCAGGGGUAGGGGUAAUGGGCAAGGAAGAGGUACAAACAUUGAGCAUGAUGGUUCCCUAGGUGUGAAUGAGCAAAUUGACGCUACGCAAUCGCAAUCAAGCUUGUUUGAUCUCAAUUCCAAACCAGACUUGAAACUAUAA